AUGGCGCGGUUACCUGGGCUCGGGCGGUGGCGAGGGGAGUCCGCUCUCCCGCCGCUGCUGGUCCGCGGACGCGCCGGGCCCGUCGCUUUCCCCGGCGGCCCGGAGAGCUCCUCGGCCCCCGCCCCGAGGCGUCCCGGCCAGGCCGCCCCUCCUCAGCGCCGCGCCGCUGCCCGCGCGGGCCGGACCGCCUCGAGCUCCCGGGCCGCCCCGCGGCGGGGGGCCUCUCUCGCUGGGCGCCUGGCUCCCCUCACCCGCUCCCACCCCCUGGGCGGCCGCGGAGCAGAAGGGAGGGCGGGAAGGGCCUCCCGAGGAGAACGGGAGGGCGCGAACGCAGGCUCCGCCACCCGAGCCGCUCCGUUACCGCAGCAGCGACGACGACCAGGGCCGUGUUGUUGCUGCCAACUUGUCGAGAACACACUGAGCAUGCGCGCGCGGGGACCACAUCCGGGUCACUUGUCCCUGUGAUGAAGUUCACAGCAGAGCUGGAAUUUGAACUCUCUGCCCACAAUGUGUGGCAUGGUGCCACCUUGCAACCCAAAUAGCUCUACCCUGAAGCCAGGGCUGGGAGGGCCUCCUGAUCAGAUGCUCAGAGCAGCAUUUCUCCUACUUUAACAUGCACACAGAUCACUUGGGGAGCAUGUUAAAAAGUCCAUCCUGAUUCCUUGGAUCUGAGGGUGGGCUGGAGACUCUCCAUUUUAAUAAGCUCUCAAGUGAGGCCAAUACUGCUGGUUCCAGAGGCAAAGCCCUAGACUCCAGGGUCUAGACCUAUAUAGGGCCUAAAAUCCAAAAUGUAUUGGGAAGGGGAAUAAUGGAACACAAAUUAUUUAGGAGACAGUUCACAGUCAUGAUUCUACCCACCUAAAAUGCUUUUUGAUAAAAGUUGAAUUUUCAGACAUCAUUUCCACUGAAUAAACAUGUAGAGUGACCCUACUGGGUGCCGUAUCUUAGAAUUCAGAAUUGAAUGGCAAUGGACAUGAACUGAAACAGAGUUUACUCAGUUUUUCCCUUCCCCCAGUAGACGCCAGAUCAGACUUACAUCUAGACAGAUUUUAGUCCCUCAGGUGAAUUUCACAUCUAACAGUUUCCCUCAGUGUCACAGGUACAAGAGAGAACAUCGCAAGCAGGGAGUGCUGGAAAUGACAAGUUCAUCAAAAACAAAAACCCUGCCAGGCACAGUGGCUCACGCCUG